UCCUGUGAAAGUGGAUGUGUGUUAGAGAGUGUGAAGGUGUGUGUGAGGCGAGCACUGUCCAUCUCCCCAUCCAGUCCUUCACUACACCAUCACGACACUUCCACACGCCCUCACCACGCCCACGCCAGCACUUAGCACGGCAAGAAUUGAACAAGAAUACAGAGGAGAACAAUUACAAGAAGCGACGCAUGAACGAAGAUAAGAGACAGUGUGGAGGGGAACGAGUUGUGACAGACAGAGAGACAGACAGACCGAUAAACACACUGGCUCAAUAAUACACACGCUGGAAUCAGAAAGCAUGAAUGAUGAAAAUGAAGUGUUAUCGGCCACCCUUCCUUCACUGGGGUCUUCACGGCCACGCCCAAGAAGAAAUCAUAAGCUAUCUGCAAAUAGCUCCCUUUCUCCCACCUACACCUCCCUGCCGAGUCUGUUCGAGGAUGACCAGCUGUCGGCCUUCUUCCCCGCGCUGUAUCAAGUCCCCCAAGACCUCCCGGAUUCACCUUCGUCAGCGCCGUCAGUUCUGAGGAAUAACCGCAGUGAAUGUUACAGGUACCCUUCGAUUCAGGAGGAAAGUGAAGUCCUGGGUGAGGAGACGAGGAGCCAACAGGAGAAAAGGGAGGUGGAGGAGAUAGCAAGUGGUGAAAAACAUAAAGAAGAUAAAGAGACAAGUAAGGAAGAGGAGAAAAGAAAUGAGAUGAGAAUGGAGAAAAAGGAGGAGGAGGAUAGGGGUGAUGGAACUAAGAAGGAAAAAGAACACAUAGAGACAAGGAAGGAAGAAGACAAAGGGGAGGAUGUGAAAGAAGAGGAGAAUGAUAACAAGGUAACACGGGAAAGUGAGUGCAGUUGUCCUUCAGUUGGGGAGGAAGAAGUUUUCUAUUCCCUGGAGAACGCCCCAUGGCCUCCCCAGCUGCGCCCUUCCAGCCACCCACCCAGCCUCAGGCCAGACUCCUUGCCUGAAUCCUACUACACAACGAACGAUGGCCCAUCGACGGAGAUCCUGUCCUCGCCUCAGUCAGGAGGCGAGGAUGAGGAUGUACCCAUGCGAUUCGUGUAUCCGCCCAAGAUAUCUCGACUGGGCAGCAUCUACAGCCACCUCGCCUACAGCACCACCGGCUCCUGCAGCUCAGACAGCGAGAGUGAAGCGUGUGCUACUCAACCCAAGAAAGUGACCAUGCGUGCCAAAGAAAAGCGCAGUGAGAAGAAAGACGUUGGUGAUGGAAAGCACGCGUGGUCUGCGGAGUUCGAGCGAAGAGACGAGAUGGAUACCGCUGCUAGUGAGGUGUCUAAGAACUGUAAAAGCUGCAUAAACCCAAUAGAAAGCAGCGAUCAGAAUAAGAAGGUAGCUCCGGCCAAGCCCCCGAGACUCCGCGUGUCCAAGAGGAUCAGCAACAACGAGGAAAAGAGGAAGAGCAGAGAGGAUCCCGUGCGAUACAAAAGACUCAGUGACCAGGACAAGCUGAGCGCGAAACGAAGCGCCUCCAUGACAAACAUCCUUGAGAGUAACCUGGAGGUAACGCAAGAGAGACAUCACCGACUCUCUAGAAGCCCCGCAAAGGAGGUGACGGGGCUCCUACAUCAUCCCACCAAGGCUCAAGGGGAGAGGAAGGAUCGGGAGCGACACAGUGGUUUCAGAUACAAGGAUGCUGCCAAGAUCGUCUCCUCCAUCAUGUCUAAGAAGCCGCAGUUUCUUCACCGCAGUUAUACCUCAAAAUCCAAACAUCACCCUGGAAAGAAAAUGGGUAAGGAGGAACCACCAUCAUCACUACUACCACCAUCACCAUUACCGUCGUCACCACCAUCCUCACCUGCAUCUGCACCUCGUCAGCCACCAGCAUCAACACCAGCACCACCACAAGUAUCACCACCAGUCGAGGAGGUGAAGCAGAAUGACACCGCAUCGGAGGUCACUAAGCCUCCCAGAAUACAGCAGCACAAGGACCAGGAUGCUCUUCCCGUAGGAUCCCUCGACAAGGCUCAGGAAAUGUGCUCCUCGCACGGCGCCCUGUUAAACUUCUACUGUGUCAAGUGUCGGGUGGUGGUGUGUCGUGACUGCACGGUGGUGGCGCACUCUCGAGGCGAAAACCACAAAGUUCUUGAUACACUGGACUCUCUGGCCACGCUGCGCUCCGAGGCGGUGGCCAUGCUGCGCCACUACACGAUUCUGGACACCAUGCACGCCUCCCUCACGGAAAUCUACCGCAAGUUUACGCUUAAGCACCGGGAUCUGGACACAGAGGCGAUGAAGAAGCGUCUGGAGGAAGGGAAGUACCUAGCGAAGGUGAUGAAGGAUGCGGAGCAGAUGAUGACGACGCGGACUAACCUGCACGAGAUCCGGCAGUGUGUGAGUCAGUGGGAGGCGCGGCAGGACGAGUGGGGUGACUUGGUGUUCCUUGCCUCGCGGUGUGCCCUUCUUGCUAACAUGUGCUUCCCCUCAGACACAGUGUUGUUAAGGCUGGGGAGCUGGGUGAUGCCAACGCCGUGGAUUCAACUGAGUCACCUCCUACUACCUUAUCUGAAAGUACCCACACCUCAGACCUCCCCAAACUCUCCCUCGCACGGUAAAGACGGUCAAGUCACACCAAGCGGCAAUGACGGGGCACUGAAUAUUCCGUCAACGAUGCAGGAACCUCGGAAGCGGAGUGGCAGCCCUUACGGUGGAGGGACAAGUACAGGCGGCACGGACCAGCCCUUCCCCCACAACGCCCGCCAGAUGGUUCUCUCCAACCUGGUCCCUUACAUCAUCCUCAACCCAGACAUCAGGUACUUUGUGCACGUGGGCGGCCCGCGGGACGUGGACCUGACCCUGGUGGUGGUGCCUGUCGACGAGCACGCCCGUGACUAUCUGCAGCAAUGUCGCAGUAAAGCCGCAAAGUCCCCAAGAUUGGUGUCCAAGGCCAACCACCGCCCCCCCAUGGAUGCCAUCACCGUGGUGGAGCAGCAGAUGACAAGCGGAUUGUGUAAGACUCGCAUCACGGCCUUCUCCAUGCCUCUCGGGCCCUCCUCAGCCCCCACCGUCGUGAAAGUGAGUUUUAUCGACGUGAAGGUGGUGGGUGACGGGCAAGGGCUGCCGGAGGUGGAGAAUGGCCUGAAGCGAGGAGACGUAAUAGUGGACUACAGCUCCAGCGGGCGUGUCACACUGUCGGUGGUGGUGAAGGACAUCGGGAACUUUACAGGCAUGCACCUCGGCCGUGUCACCUGGGGCAUGGACAGCCUCGCGUGUCUUGCUGCAGGCUCCGAGGACAACAAACGGAUGGAGUCUGGCGGCUUCCGGGCCAAGAUCAAAGCCACCGUGAAGCGUGAGGAGGCGGUGUACGACGUGAUGUUUGGCAUGGACCUGUGAUCUUCACCAGCACAUAAAGGAAACUCCACAGUGCAGCGGAUCAGCCCAUCACGUUUUGUAGACACCAUUCAAACCUUCAUAUAUCCACCUACCAUCCCUCUCCAUAAAUUCGUCCAUUAUUUAUACCAAUUUCUCUCUUAUGGAACUGUAUUAAGCUUCAAGAUUCAAUUUACCUCCACCCCAUAACUAAUUCCAAGGAUCGUUACAUCACCCUUGUUGUAGGAGUAUUCUUUGUAUGACCUGUAAAUUUUGUGGUAUCUAACUCUGACAUGAUAGAAAACUUCAGAUACAGAGCCAUUUGAAUUCAGAUUCUUUUACCACAAACUUACGACAAAAUAUUCUCAGAUUUCAUUAAAUGCAUUGAAUUGGGAA